GAUACUUCCCAUUCUUCUUUUUUGCUUAUCUAUGUUUUCCUUCAUACAUGUAUAUCAACUAUCAUUAUUUCCCUCAUUUUUUCACAUUGGUUAUAGGAUUCUUUUUGUUCUUUUUUGUAGCUUUUGUUGAGUUUUUUUUUUGUUUCGAUUUUAGUAUGCAUGUUCGUUUUUAUGUUUUUUUUUUUUUUUGUGAAUUUUGGUAGAUGUGGUUGAUUUUUAUGGUUUGAUUAUGAAUUUUGGUAGAAUGUGGGUUGCUUUUGGUUGUUUUUUAUGGUUUGAUUCUGAAAUUUGGCAGAAUGUGGGUUGAUUUGGUUGUUUUUAUGAUUUGUUUCUGAAUUUUGGUAGAGUGGGUAGAUUUUGGUUGUUUUUUAGGGUUAGUUUCUAAAUUUUGGUAGAAUGUGGGUCGAUUUUGGUCGUUUUUUAGGGUUUGUUUCUAAAUUUUGUUUCUAACUAUCAUGUUUGCUUUUUCCUGGAGUAUGAAGGUCAAAAUGUCUACAUCUAGAAGUUGUUUGAAGAUUGCCGGUAGAGGGAUUAAAUACAAUGCCGGCACAUCAAGCAAUUUGCCUUUGACUCCUGAUGUUGCAAAUGAUGAUGAUUUCGAGUCCCCUGUUGUUAUUACAAAGAGUUGUCAACAAGAAACAAAGCGAAUCACCCGCUCACAAACGAAGAAGGUUAAGAAUAUCAAGCCGAGGACUAAGAAAUGUGGUCGACCUAAGAAAGCUAAAGUGAGGUUGAAACUUGUUGAUGAAGAUGAUGCUGCCAAAAAGAAGAAAAAAAAAAGGUCGUCAAUGUUGCUGAAUGUAGCUCUUAUGCAUUAUCGAAAGAACAAAGGGAAUCUAUUCGAUGUAAAUUUAAUGAAAGAAAAUCUUAGUUGAAGGUUGGUGACUUUUAUAUACAACCGAAUGAACAUUUUCGGACUAGGGUUAGUUGUCAUACCAAGACUGAUAUUAUCGGCUUUUUGAGGGAAUACUUGAGUGAUACGCAGCUUCAAAUCUUCCGUGAUAGUUGUUUUGGAUAUUUCUUAGACCUGCCUCCUUUUAAGAUUCAGAACCAGCUUAUACAUUGCAUGUUACUGAGGGAGGUUGUCCCCGGUGUGUUAAGAGAGUUGUGGAUUAAACUCAACGGUUGUAUAUUGAGUUUUGGUAUUGGAGAGUUUGCUGUUAUUACUGGUUUGAAGUGUGUUGAAGAUGAUGCAACUAUGUAUGACAAACCAAGCACCAGUAGGUUGAUGGAAACGUAUUUUCCAGAAAACACAUCAAUAAUGAGGGAGCAGUUGCUUACUCGCUUUAAGGAAAAGGAAUGGAAGUCGGAUGAUGAUGCAUUCAAGAUGGGUUUGAUGGUAUUCAUCCACCAUUUCUUAUUCUCAGAUAUCAAUGAUCACUCUAUCUCCAAAGCAGAUUUUGAUAUCGUUGAAAGUGGUGAAUAUCAGACUUUAUGCUUGGGGGAAAAAAUGCUUUGAAGAGAUUCUCAAAACAACAAGGGAUAAACAGUGUGCGUUUUUGACAAUGUACAAGCUUGGAGGGUUCCCGCUUGCACUACAGACUUGGUUUUUCGAAUGUUGCUCUACAGUCGAUAAAAAACUCGUUGUUCGUGUUGGCAAUAAUGUGCCGUGUAUUCUUAACUGGAAAGUGACUGAUUCUCCGACGUAUACGUUCUUGGCUGAUGAUGUGCCCAUGCCUAGUAUCGACAAAAUGAAGUACUGCAACAUUUCUCCUACCACUGAGGAAAAAAUAAACUUAAAAAUUGCUGCAUUCUUUGAAGAUAUCAAUGCCGACCAUGUUUCUUCACGGGGUUUGCCCGUUUUUCAGAAUAAAGAUUCUAACAUUUCACCCCCACCACAUCCUCAGAAUAUGGAGCAGCCUAAACAACCUCAUCUUCAGAAUAAGAAGCAACAACCCGUAUUGAGACGCGACCCUUCCGGGAGCAGUGAUGGGUUGACGGUUGAAGUUGCUCAGUUGAAGAGUGACAUUUCAGAGCUUACUGGUAAAGUUGAGGCGCUCAACACUUACAUCGUAUCUUCCUUUGGAAUCAUAUUCAAGCAUCUGAAAAUUAAGCAACUGAGUGAUCAAGGCAAUGCUGAUGAGGACGGUACAUCUGAUCAAGGCAAUGAUGGGUUUGACUCCUUCCCCCCUCUCCCCUCCCUAACAAGCGCAUGAUCUAAAUAUGCAAGGUGACCAAACAACGUCAAGUGUCAAGGGAAAUGAAGAGGUACUGAUGGUCCCCCCCCCCCCCCCCCCCCCCCCCCCCUCGAGCAAGUGUAUGACCUUAACUUGCGAGUUGACCAAAAUGCAUCAUGUGUCAAGGGAAAUCAACCAAUUACUGAUGGUCUUCCUGGUAUGUUUUCGUCCUGUACUUGGUCUUUUUUUUCUGCCUUCGGAUUGAAACCUUUAUCUUUUUCUCUGUCUAAGUUGUAGCAAAUGAUGGUGUUGAGCCCCCCGAGCAAGUGCAUGAUGUAAACAUGCAACCUGACCAAACAAAAUCAAGUGUCAAGAAAAAUGAGGAAGUUACUGAUGGUCAUCUUGUGGAAGCAGUUGAGGACGAUCCCCGGUGUGGUAUUACUGAUAAAGACUUUUCCAAUAUAAAGAUGUCAAGUGUCAAGGGAAAUGAAGAGGUUACUGAUGUUCCCCCCCCCCCCCCCCCCCCCCCCCCCCCCGGUGUGCAUAAUCAGCAAAUUACUGAGGGUCUUCCUGUGGAAGUAGUUGAUGGUGUCAAGGACGAUCCCUGGUGUGGUAUUACUGAUGAAGAUUUUGCCAGUAUAAAGAUGUCCCAGGUUGUGCUCCCUAGACCUUGGGAUAUUAGUGAUGAAGAGGUUGCUAAGAUAAAGAUGUCCUAGAUUGGGCUUUCUAGACCACUCGUCAUGGAAGUUGAAGAAAAAGACGUGACUCCUGAAAAAUUGGCACGAAAGAAAUUUCCAGGAAAAUUAGCCCCAGAUCCAUAUGUGGGAGAUUUUGAUUCGGGUACAUCCAAGUGUAUUUUUGAUAUCAAGCACCCUUUCAUGAGCGACAUUGAUGAAUUUUAUCCCUUGUCGGAUUUGGCCCAAGAGUUUGUGGAAUUCAUUGAGGAUGGGAUGAAUAUGACACGACGUUAACUUUUACUCAUUUUAAGCUUUUUAUGUUCUCUUUUUUACACUUUUGCAAAUGUCUUGAUGGUGUUCUUUUCUUCAUGAUUUUUAAGCCCUAAAACUCUGUAUCGUGACGGAAAAAAAAUGAUCUCCCCGAAGAUUUUGUUUUUGGCUCGUGUCAUAUAAACAAGAAUCGGAAACAGCCAUCCUACCUUGGUAGGAGUAAGGUUUGCGUACACUCUACCCUCCGCAGACCCCACGUUGUGGGAUUUCACUGGGUUGUUGUUGUUGUUGUUGUCAUAUAAACAAGAAGGACCGGUUCGAGGCGUUUGCACAUAGUGGUCGACCUUUGAAAGACACGGUACUACCAAUUUUUCUGUCUUAAAAUGUAUAAUUUUGUAUAUAUUUGUUUAAUUGUGUAUAGUGGGAGUAUAUGUCCUAAUGUACAUACACAGACAUGCUUUUGCAUAUGAUUGUAUAAAUUUGUAUAUGUGAGCAUAUACUGUUGUAUAUGUUUGUAUA